CUUUAUGUCUCAUUCAAUCAUCACUCCCCUUAUCUGCUCUCUUUAAUUCCCUUGUGGGUUGUUGUUCACUUUGGUGCUACAUAACACAAGUUCUGCUAAACAGUGUAGAGUGGUGCCUGCAGCUUGAAACAAUGGCCAUGCCUAAAUUACUUGUUGUCUUGAUCUUGGCCCUCAUUGCCAUUUCCAUGCUUCAAACAAUGGUCAUGGCAUCUCAUGGGCAUGGAGGCCAUUACUACACUGACAAGAAAAAAUAUGGACCUGGAAGUCUCAAGAGCUACCAAUGCCCAUCACAAUGCACGAGGAGGUGCAGCAGGACCCAGUACCACAAACCUUGCAUGUUUUUCUGCCAAAAGUGCUGCAGGUCUUGCCUCUGUGUGCCCCCGGGUUAUUAUGGGAACAAAGCUGUGUGCCCUUGCUACAACAACUGGAAGACCAAGAGAGGAGGUCCCAAGUGCCCUUAAGCAUGUUCUCCAUCUAAUUAAAAGAGACAGCUUUCUAUAUAUAUGAUAUAAUCUCCUUGACUCCUUGUUCCCUUCUAUGUCCUAACCAAAAUACUUGUCUUUUGGCUCUAUGUAAUAAGGCUAUGUUUGGAUAUCUAUUAUGGACAUUAGCAUACAUUUCAAGCCAAAAAAAUGAAUGAAAUUCUCAUGUUAGAUUGAGAUGAAAGUUGGGUGACAACAUACUCAACUAGUAUUCAAACUUGUAUGUUACUUUGCUUGCCACUCAGGCUUUUUAUGGUUUAAUUCAAAUGAAGUGUGUCUAAUACUAUUGCUCUCA